AUGACUGUUGGACGGUUCGCUUCAAUGCCCAAUAAAGCCUUAUCGUCUCCCAACGUCUUCGCAGCGUCAACGCCGCUCAUCGAGCCUACUCAAUCUCAUCCGGUCGGCCACCCUUCAUCAACGUCAGAGCCUCUACAUCGGCAACGAUCGCUCGUCAACGUCAACGAUUCCACACCGUCGCCGAGCGCUCGCUAUCAACGUCUUCACACCGUCGACGAUCCCGCUCAACGCCAGCGAUCUUGCAACGUCAACACUGCUCAACGAGACUGCUCAAGCUCACCCGGUCAGCCACCCUUCAUCAAACGUCAGAGCCUCCACACCAGCAACGAUCGCUCAUCAACGUCAACGAUUCCACACCGUCGACGACCGUCUAGCAACGUCAGACUAUCCGUACCAUCAAGAACACUAUACGUCGACGACCACUCAUCAAGACAAGCGAAUCCUACACCUCAGCCCAUCGCUCUUCAACGUCAACGACUCCACACCAUCCUCAUCAACGUCAUCAUCUCUACAUCGUCGACGAUCGCUCUCAACGCCAGCGUCUCAACGACUUCGAAUCAUCAGCCAACGUCCCCACCAACGUCAGCGUCCCUGCUCCAUCGACGACCGCUCUCAACGUCAACGUCUCUCCUGACCUCCUAUCUUCAUCAAGAAAUGUCAUCCAACGACAGCUCUCAAAUACGGCGUCAGAUUGGAUUCUUCAAGAAACAGCUCCAACGUCAUGGGUUGUCAGUAACAACCACACUGAAGGAGUACCACAUAAAAACCGAACAACUGGACUUCCGUCAUCUAGAAAACGACGAACUUGAAUCACUACGAGCUGAGAUCGUUCCACUGAGAAGAAACCUUCUGAAGUCCUACCAAAAGAUCACAAAAUUAAACGACGAGUGGACAACACUUCAGGACUCCAACACAGGCGAGCAAGAAAUUUUCAACGAAUAUAUAUCAAAGUAUGGUGACUACCGAGAAUCAAUCUCUACAUCAGUCCUCCAGUUAGAGGGCUUGGAUAUCCUGCUUAAUGCCAUUGAUCAGGAAUACAUCAAGAGGAACAUACACGUGCCUUCCGAUCUAUCUGAUGCUACUUCUCUGGAGGACUACGGAAACGAAUUGACGUCAGCAAAGAGAGCAACUAUCCAUCACGAGCAUCGAUCGCCUCUACUACAUCAAGCAACAGCUACGCAUUUGUCCCCGGACUCCCCUUUACUCAACUUCGUCGACGCUUCCAUUUUAACAAAAAUGGAAUUACCCACAUUCGAUGGAAACUUACUGGAGUAUCCCGAAUUUUCGGCGCGAUUUGCUACUUUAGUGGGAAACAAACCACAACUCGACAAUACGACAAAAUUCUGCCUGCUCAAAUCUUGCCUGCGCGGACGAGCUCUCCAGUCAAUACAAGGCCUAUCCAUGACCGCGGAGAACUACAAUAUCGCAAUGGAUAUACUUCGUACGCACUUCGACGACAAGGUCACCAUGAGACACAUAUUGUACACCAAACUAUCGCAACUGCCGCCGUGCGAUCCAGAAGGUCAUCACCUUCCUGUGCUGUACAACAGGAUGUUCUCGCUAGUGAGACAGUUUUGCAAUGGCGAAGACGACUCAAAGGAAACAGCUCUAGGAGCACUCCUCCUCAACAAGUUACCCCUUCGAGUUCGAAGCCAAAUUUACGACAAAACGGGGAACAGCCACAAUGUCACUCCGAGCGAACUUUUGCAUCUCCUGACCGACAUCGUCCGCAAAGAUUCGACGCUCUUCGAAAUCGAGUAUCACUCAAAACAAUCGCCACAACUGAGCAACCUGCACCAGAGUUUUGUCGCCAAAGAAGGACAUCAGUCAAACAACUCGCGCCCGCUUCCUCGACCAUCUACAACAAAAGGGAAAAUCAAGAGAUGUCAAUUCUGCAACUCGACAUUUCACGCCUCCACGGACUGCAACAUCUUCCCAACGCCAAAGCAACGCAGUGAACAGGCAAAAAUUCGACAAUUGUGCUAUAAUUGCCUAUCCAACAGGCAUUCGACGAAGGAAUGUACCUCGAGGUUUCUCUGCACGUUUUGCUCGAAGAAACAUCACUCUUCACUUUGCUUCCAGAUGACUAGCAAAAAACUCAGAGGGACUCCACCUAAAGCGAAGCAAAAGACUCCAUUAUCAGGAACCAGGCGAACACCUCGACUACAAAGCCACACAGUGCGAAUGACAGUGCCUCUAUUGGAUGUUCCUGCUGUGAGUGAAAACAAAUCUCAAAUUCCAUGUCGACCUGAUAACAACCCAAGUUCCACUGAUCCAUCAGAUCAUCCUCUCUCGUCAAGCGAGCACCAUAGUUCUCAACUACACACGGUGUCGACGCAUCACUCUACCCAACACUCACUGCAAGCCACCCUUAUGUGUGCAACCGUGCGACCUUUCAACCCAUCUGAUCCGUCCAGAGAAGUGACAGCCACAGCCUUUUUAGACUCCGGUUCGAGCAAAUCUUAUAUCACUGCAGAACUCGCGACGUUACUUGAGCUACCAACUCUCACCACGGAGAAAAUAACCAUAUCUACGUUUGGAAGCACAACUUCACUGGAGCUGCCAUCCAAAGACCAUAAUAUCGGCGUUUACACAGAGGAAGGAGCAAAAUACCUCGAUGUCAAAUCCGUGCCAACUCUUACCGGAAGCAUUCAACACAUCUAUAUGUCUUCAGAUCCCGACCGAAGAUUUACUCACACAUCUUGUACUCCAUCACUACUCAUAGGAAACGACUAUUUCUGGGACAUAGUGCUUUCGGAUAACUUCUUCUGCCAGAAAAUGCCGAGCGGAUAUCGUCUACUACAUACUACAAUAGGAGACAUCAUCAUCAAUAAACAAAUCGACAUCAAGAAAUCGGAGAACAUCUCGUUGUUUGCUUCUGAAAAGGGACUUUCCAACCCAAGCAAUCAUGAUGAACUUUCCGAGCUCGUCAGCAAUUUUUGGAAAUUCGAGACAAUCGGCAUCCUUGAUGACCCAAUGCAAAGAAUGAAUCUACGAGCUUACGUGAGCAACUCUGCUGAACUCAAUAAGUUCUUCGAAGAAAAGGAACAGACCGCCUCUCUUGAACACCAAAAGUUGCUGGGUCUCCAAUGGGACACUUCCAACGAUACGAUUACUAUUCAGCUUCCAGAAGAACCUCCUCCGCAUGUAGUAUGGACGAAGCGUAAGGUGCUGAAACACAUCGCUAGCAUCUACGACCCUCUUGGCUUGAUAUCUCCAAUCACACUCAGAGGAAAGCUUUUUCUUCAAUCGCUGUGGAGAAUCGAACUAUCCUGGGACGAUCCACUACCUGAAGAACAAAAUGACCAAUGGUGCCGUCUCCUUUCGUCAUGGACAAUUUCGUCAUUCACUUUACCGCGCCUACUGACAGACGUGAACGACAACUCCGACUCUUUGUAUGACUUACAUGUCUUCACCGACGCAUCAUCAACGGCAUACUGUGCGACAGCAUACGUAGUUCAUCGAAGGAAAAACGCUCCUCCAACUGCUCUCUUCCUCAUGUCAAAAUCUAGAUUGGCUCCUCUCAACAAAGCGAUAACCAUACCUCGACUUGAACUCGCAGCCUUGAUGAUCGGUGCAAAAUUAACGACAUAUCUUGCAGAGCAACUGGACAUCACCAUCACUCGCAAAUUCCUUUGGACUGACAGCGAUGUCACCCUAAGAUGGAUCAAAGGCAACAAAGAAUUGCCAAUUUUUGUUCGCAAUCGGGUCAAAAUCAUUCAAGACAAUACAUCGGAUGUGAUCGUCCGACACAUUCCCGGACAUCUGAACCCAGCUGACAUCGGAACUCGUGGAGCAACCACACAAGAAUUACUGGACUCUUCACGCCGGUGGAGCGGACCGGAAUUUCUCGAGCAAAAGGAAGACCUUUGGCCAAGUGAUAACUUGAAGACCUCAAAAACGCCAUCGACCACAAGUUACGAAGAAAAGGAAUCGCACUCCGGCGAAGCCGGUACAACAUCCUCAGCGCUCGUCACAUCAGCGACCCAGUCAACAACGGACUUCCGUGAUAUGCCUGCCUCCUUUCCGUUGGACGUCGAACGAUUCAGCUCUUGGAUGAGGCUAGUUAACACAAUUUUCUAUAUUUUGCGCUUUUUCGUCAUAAAAUCGAAACGGGCUUCCCACCACUUUGGGAGUAAUAAAGUAGCCCUACUGUGGAAAGCGGAAACUAUUCUAUUUCGGGUUGCUCAAUCUCAACAUCCACCUUCUAACGAGCAUAAAAGGAGCCUCAACCUUUUCAUGUGUGAUACUUCUCUUCUUUGGAAAUGCAGGGGACGUAUAGAUUACUCCGAACUCCCACAAGAAACAAUAACUCCAAUCUUCCUCCCGCAGAAGAGCCGUAUUACGGCCCUCUUUGUCCUGAGCGUUCACCAACGUAAUAAUCAUUGUGGGAUUAACCAUACCCUCACACUCACUCGACAGUCCGUAUGGAUUCCCAAGGGACGAGCAACAAUAAAAAGGAUACUGCACGAAUACUGUUUCCACUGCAAGAGGUACUCUGCCAAACCAUAUUCGCUUCCACCGUUUCCUGCUCAUCCACAAAGAAGAGUCAAACCACCUACUUAUCCAUUCGAGAACACGGGUAUGGACUUUUUUGGCCCUCUUCAAUACAGGAACGCCGACAACGUAGCUGACAAAUUCUGGAUGAUCCUUCUAACUUGCCUCAAUUGUCGCGCCAUAUACGUUGAUGUUGUAACGGACAUGUCCGCCCUUACGGGUGGAAUCUACGAAAAGAUGAUCGACAUAUUCAAGAAAUCAUUCAAGCAUGCAAUUGGCAACCGCUUAAUGAACAUUGAUGACGUCAAGACCAUCGCUAAAGAAACGGAGGCUAUCGUCAACACAAGGCCACUCACCUACUACACCGACGACAUCAACUAUUACCCCUUGAGACCCAUCGACUUCCUGAGACCUCACGCACGACUUAGUGGACCUCAGCCAUUGGAACGUACCGAUGAAUGGUCUCCAGUUCUUACAACCCGCGACACCCUUCUAGCAGACUGGAAAAGGACGGCGGAACUAGUCACAUCCUUCUGGAAACGUUGGUUGCAAGAGUACGUAACCGCCCUACGCGAGCAAUAUCGAACCGAGCAUACCACACCCCGUUCUCACGAAAAGGAACCUCCUCGUCAAGGAGACUUCGUAUUAGUGCACGAUCCUCUGCUUCAACGUGGACAAUGGAGAAUGGGAAAGGUCGUAGGAUCUCAAGACAAUUUCAGAAGAUCUGUGGAAAUCAAACUCCCAAACAGAAGGAUCAUCACUCGUCCGCACAAUCUCGUCUUCAAAUUGGAAGUGCCACCUGCUUCUCCAUCACCUAAUCCACCACCCGCCACCUCAUCAGGAAAUACACUGCAUCCAAUGAUCACGAGAUCAAAAGCACGACUUCUUAACAACGCCGUCCUUCUGUGUAACAAUAUGGUCCUUCUGUGCCUAAUGAUUCUGACAAUACAAGGGACAUCAUCAGCUCAUACUCGCUGCCCUGAAGAAAUCAACAUAAAUAAGACCAUACUUUUUGCUACCGAAUGCACUCCAAAAGGAAUCGCGAUAGCACGGUACGAGCACGACAACAAAAACGUUUUCUGUUGGUUUCCGAUCAUUUGCCCAUUUGGCGAGAUACGAUUCGAUGCGUCAAAACCAACGGUUUCACCGAUAUGCGGCAAGAAGUGCAAAUGUCCAGAUUGGACAGAUUCAUGCUCCUUUUCGAGCAGCUCAAGGACAACAACAUCUCAAAUAGACCUCAUGCCAACUUCUAUCAAGAAUUACAAACCCGCAUAUGUGUGCUCAUUCAACUUCAAUUCUUCAUGCGAUCCAGGGAAAAGGAUGGGAGUUUUCAAUCAAAUACAACUUUUCGAUGACAACGUACUACUCGUGGAAAAACUCACCAUCACGAUAAAGGACUACAUCGACAAAAACGACUAUGUGUGCAUAGAUUGGAAAGGAUGGAAGAGGCGCAUAGCAAGACGGUCGACCGGCACGUCUCGUUUCUGCCAAAACCACGAUUGUCGAGACAACGCACAAGUGUUCUGCACGUACGACAACCCUCUCGCGCUCUUAGUCAUAGAUGACACAUCCUCUAUACAUGAAGGAGCCAUACCAAUAAAGGCGUGGGGAUCGAUCACCAAAGCGUACUAUGAGUUCAGGAAGGAUGAGCGGAUUGAAAGUUCGUUGAACGCAGUAAAAAGGAGUAUUGUAACGCCAGCCUUUGGCCUGACCACUCCUCUCAUCUCAGUGCAGUGUAUCAAAGGAGGAGUCUCAAUUGACAACCUUUUCCACAACGAUAUUACCGAGAUAUGUGUUAGUCAAUACUGCGUUUUUGCUCGCAGCAUCUCUUCCAAGGACACACUAUUUCCGAACUCACUCAUAAUGUAUGAUUACUCAGUCUCCAUCAAGACAUGGAACAACGGUACGAUCACAGAUGAGUCUACAGUUUCCUGCAAAGCUCAUCCGAUAUGCGAAACGUUACGUUGCACCUUCUGCUGGGAACACAUAUACAACGUACAGUGCUGGACCAACACCCAGAUGAUAAUAAUUGCACUUUCCUUCCUAAUCAUUUUCCUCAUUCUACCGGGAAUUCGCUUCAUCGGCAAGAUAGUCUUGGUGCUGAUUGCUCCACUUCUCUCCAUACUAGCAAUGUUGAAUCCCUCCAAAAUAUUCCACGAAGGAUCGCGGCCUCACCGGACUCAACUUCGCACAUAUACUAAUCGCAGGAGACGGAUCCACAACCGCAGAUUUCUCACGUGCGUCAUCUCAAUCAUAAUCCACCUUCACUACAGCGAAGGAUGUUCACAAGUUUCUUCGCUAACUGGAAAUGAAGCAAAAUGUGUCACUACCGGAAACGCCGAGACAUGUACGUUCAACGAAGCUACCCUCCUCACUCUCCAACCUCUUCAACAGGCGACGUGCUUGACACUGAGGGAUAAGAGGGACAAUGCUGUGGGCGUGAUCUCCAUCAAAAUCAAAGGAAUCAACUUCAGAUGCCACAAAAACGUGGAAUUUUUCACCCGCGACCACAAAAUAGUCUCGGAAUCCGUUCACCGCUGUUACAAUGCUGGUAGUUGUGUCAAAGACGCGUGUGAUAAUACCUCACCAACGGACAAGAUCAAGGAAUUUUCGAGUACUGCAAACAGUAGCCCAGGCUACACAUUCUGUACUAUCAGUUGCGGAUGCAUCUUCUGCGAGGGCUGCUUCUUUUGUCAACCGAGCUGCCUGUUUUAUCGACUUUACGCAAUACCAACAAGUUCGACUAUCUAUACGGUCUUCAGUUGCCCGAGCUGGGAAACCAUCAUCAACAUCGAAGUCGAAAUCCUUCAAGAAGAACUCAAAAUAGCCAACACUCUGCAACUCCUUCCUGGUCAAACAACAUCAUGGAACAAUCUUCGCUUCACUCUCAUAGGCAACAUUAUUCCUCAACUGCCGAUUCUAUCAUCAACGUUUAUGGAAACAAGACGGAAUCGCGAUCGUGAAACCAGCUCAUAA